GUCAAUAACAAACUGGACAUGAAAGGUAUACCACAUAUUGUUCACCUGAAUGAAGAUCUAGCUAAUGGUGUCCGUUUGCUGCAGUUGCUUGAAAUCAUUGGUGGAGAGUCGCUAAGACCUUUCAACCAAAAUCCGGGAAUGAUAUUUCAAAAGAUGGAAAAUGUCAACAAGGCAUUGGAUUAUAUCAAGCAAAGAGGCGUUGCAUUGACGAAUAUAGGUGCAGAAGACAUUGUGAAUAAGAACCUGAAGUUGGUACUGGGCAUGAUGGUAAGAAUGCAAGAGAAGGCCUGCUUUUAUGGUGCCAACUUGGACGGAUGGCCUGGCAUUACUGACAGGCAUGGUAAUACAGCCCUUGCAUUUGAAGCUGCUAAAAAAUUGGGUAUACCGCAACUAUUGGAUGUGGAAGAUGUGUGUGAUAUAGAGAAACCGGAUGAAAAAUCAGUCAUGACCUACGUCGCAGAAUACUUUCACGCAUUUUCAGCACGUGACGAGUUUGAAACGGCCGGAAGAAGAGUAGCUAAAUUUGCAGAUGUUUUAGCGUCCGUAUGGGAUAUGGAACAUCAAUAUGAGCUUCGAGUUCGCGCGCUUAUGGAAGCAGUCGAAUUAGUACAAGAGGAAUGGCUGAAUACCCAAUUGACAGACAGUUAUUUCGACGCAAAAGAGAAAAGUGAAGCAUUUGAUGUGUAUAAAAGUACACAAAAACGAAUGUGGAUAGCAGAAAAGAAAAGCAUCGAUACAUUGUUAGGGAACAUUCAGACGAAAGCAAAGACAUACAAUCUUAAGCCGUAUUACCCACCUCCUGGCUUGACCUUGAAGGAUUUGGAUAAUAUUUGGAACACAUUGUUACAAAACGAAGCGAGAUACCAUCGACGCAUCAAUAGAACUCUGCGAGAAAUUAAAGAAGGACUACGUAAAGCCUUUGCUGAAGCUGCAAAUGACUUUCAGCGACACCUUGACUCUAUUUCAGCUGAAUUGGUAGACCUUGAAGGCACUCUUCCUUCUCAAUUGGCCUUGGUGCAAGGAUUAACCAAAUCAUUUCAACCUUUACAAGAGUCGUUAGAUAUGAUUGAAUUGCUCGAUAGAGAGUGUAAAGAAGCAAAUACAGAAGAAAACGAUUACACAGUUUAUUCUUUAGAAGAUCUACGUUUUGAAUUCGAUCUAGUGAAAGAAGCUGUACAAAAAAAGAGUGCUUUUAUCCAGAAUCAGAUUGUCUCAAGAAAUAUGACCAAUUUAACUCCAGCGCAAUUGGAAGAAUUUGAGCAAACAUUUAGGUACUUUGACAAGGAUUACACCAACACACUGUCUGUAUCAGAAUUCAGAUAUGCACUGUCAAGUCUUGGUAUUGUCUAUGAGAAAGAGAAAAUUGAAAGUAUAUUUUACAACAUUACAGAGGACGCCGAUUACAUGUCUUUUGAGCAGUUUAUCCGCUUCAUGGUAUCUGUCACUGAGGAUAAGACAACUCCAGAUCAGUUACGAGAAGCGUUCAGAACCGUAGCCGGAGAAAAGGCGUAUGUCACUGAAUUGGAUCUCAAAAUGAGCCAAAUUCCAGUACGAAUGAUAGACUACUUAAAGUCGUCCAUGCCUAUUGUGGACACGCCUGACCAGCAGGAAGGUUAUGACUAUGAAGAGUUUGUCAAUGAAAUGUUUAUUUAA